AUGGCGUCAUCCGUGCCUCGGCCUGCCCUGCCAGCCGCGAACGCUGCUUCAUCUUCGGACGCAGCAUCGUCUGCUGUCCCUCCUGCGCCAGCCCCGAAUCCAAUGGCCUCAUCUCCCGCUCCAGCUACAAGCCCAUUCACUGGCGUGGCUGUUCCAUUUGGGCCGGCUGCCUUGCCAGCCGUGAACAAUGCAUCGGCCUCAAACGCAGCAUCAGCGACUGUUCCUGUGGCACCAGACCCGAAUCCUAUGGCGACACCAACUGCAGCAGCAGCUCCAGUACUUCCAGUAUCAUCGCCACCCGUUGUUGCUGUAUCUUACACCGCUCUCAGCCUUGUCCGUAGGCAAUUGAUAUGCACAAUCGUUGUCUUUGCGACCAUAGCCAGCGCCCUUCCGUCGGACAUGCUGCUUCCAAUCCUACCGGUGCUUGAACAAAGUCUCUUCGUAUCUGGGGAACGGAUCAACGGGAUCGUUGCCGCCGGACUGGCCGUUGCGGUAGCUACUCCGCUCAUUCGGAACGAUUCGGACUACUUUGGCCGUCAGUGGCGCUACUUGUUCUGGCUGGUCCUUCACAUCUGCACGAGUACGAGUCUCUCUAUACUACCCAACCUACCGGACCUGACCUACGCCUAUCACGCCUUUUUCGUCGGAAGAGUCGUUCAAGUGCUCUCAGCGUCCGCCAUCCAAACAAUCGGCGGGGGCAUCAUAGCAGACAUCUCCCCUCAAGACGAGCUAACUCUAGGCACGCUCGCGGUCGUAAUCAGGGCCAUUGUCGGACCACUUCUGGGCGGCUUCGUGACAAAAUACGGGCAAGGCGAGAGCGGCAUCUUCGUCACUUCAUGCACGACUGUCAUCGUCCUCUACAUAGCCGCCUUCCUCUGCGUCCCCGAAACCCUCCGCCCCAUCGUCGGCGACGGCACCCUCUACGCCCCCAAACUCCUCCUCCCCGUGCCCCUUUUCCACCACACCGUCGCCGACCCGCACCUCUACCCGCCACACGACCCCCACCAGCCCCUGCGCGACCUCCGCGCCGGCCUCUCGCGCCGCAAGCUCGCCGCCAUCGCCGCCAACGCCCUCCUCUUCGCCACCUACUACGCCAUCAACGUCACCCUGUGCCGCACACUUACAGCCCGCUACCGCUUCAACAGCUUCCAGAUCGGCGCCGCCUACACCGCUAAGGGCGUCGCCAUGCUGGCUGGCUGGUACUGCUCCUCGCUCGCUGCGGCGUGGGACCGCGGGCGCGCAAUGCGGCAGAACCCGGGCCGGCCCCCGGCCCCGGAGUACCGGCUGUGGACGCAGGCGCUGGGCGCGGUUGUGUUUUGCUUCGGCGCGCUGGGGUAUGCCGGGUUUGUGUGGAUGCGGUGGCAUGUCGCGGGGGUGGUUGUGUUUGUGGCUGUUGCGGCGUUUGGCGUCAUCUGGUCGAAUUAUCAAACGAAGAAGUAUCUGGGCAGUUUCGCGCCGUUUGGGCGGGCGUUGGGUUCGCUAUCCGACCUUGUCGGGACGGUCGUGGCGGCCGUGAUGGUUGCUGUGGCCCAGCCUUUGAUUGACAGGGUUAACUUUUUGUGGUUCUUUAUGGGGCUUGUUGUGUUGCAGCUCGUGUGCCUGGGAGUAGUGAGAGUGACGACAUAGGGCGGGCUACUGGGGCGUUAAGGGGAAGACUGGGAGGUAAAAAGUGCGUUUUUGGCGGUAUAUGGGGGUAAAAAGGCUAUUGAUUGGAAAAGCUUUGGGAGCUUGUUGGGUGGAAUUUUGGGCUCUUUUCGUGGCAUUUCCGGGGUUUAGAGGCCCUAUUGGGGUGUAUCUUUGUACAUUAUUCACGACCGUCAGGAUUAUAGCUCUGGUUUACAAAGGCACAAAUCAUUUUGAUCAGCGUCUGAUUCCUGCCCUGUUCACCUU